AUGGAAUUUAUAUUGAGUGAAAAGUCUAAACCAUUAAUACCAAUAGAUGGAUAUGCAUUUUGUUUCCAUAAAAUGCUGGCAAACGAUAUCCAACGCUGGACAUGUAGCAAGAGUAACUGUAAGUGUUAUUUAAAAAUCAAUAAUAGUAAGAUUAUAGAAAGCAACACAGAUCAUAAGCAUGACAAAAUUGACGAAAAUAUUAGUAAGCGGCAAGCGCUGAGCAAUUCCUUAAAAAGAAAAGCUGUUGAAGAUGUUUUUGCGAAGCCUUCAAAAUUAAUUCGCAGAGAGUUGAAACACGGAGAUAUAAGUUCUUUAACGAAUAAUGAUUUAUCUCUAAUACGGCAUAAUAUACAUCGAGCUCGUUCUAUUAUUCAUCCUUCACUGCCAAAAAGCGCCAUGGAAACUCACGCAGUUUUAGAAUCUAUGAACUACACAACUAAUGACAAUGAACAGUUUAUAUUUGUUAAUAAUAGCGUGAGUUCUAUUAUAGGUUUUUCUACUGAACAUGACGUAUAUAUUCCACUUGUAUUUUUCUUGCUUCCCGACAAAAAAAAGAUCACUUACGAGCUAGCGUUCAAAUAUUUGGUUGAUCACUGUAGUUUGCACGGUAUGACACUCGCAUCUGUUCAAGUAUUUAUAGAUUUUGAGAUUACGAUUCAUAUGGCAGUAGUGAGCGUAUGGCCAAAAUCACAAAUACGAGGGUGCAGAUUUCAUCUAGCCCAAAGUUGGUGGCGGAAAAUUCAGAAUCUAGGUCUCUCGGCAAUUUACAAAGACACUAGUUCAGAAAACGAGACCGGUAAUUUUUUGAAAUUAUUUUUUGGCCUACCUUUUCUAAGGCCAAUAGAAGUUAUUGAUUGCUUUACAGACGAGUUGAUGGCAAUUCGACCAACAGGAGACGAAAGAAUUGAAGAGUUUAUGGACUACGUAUUUGACAAUUAUAUUUCUCCAGAAGCUAGUUUUCCACCAAGUAUAUGGGCUCAAUUCUCAACUACUUUAAAUAGAACUACGAAUAGUUGUGAGAGUUUUCACUCUAAGCUCAACAGUUGUUUUUAUAGUGGGCACCCAAAUAUUUUUUUAUUUAUAAAUGAGCUGUUAGAAGUACAAUCUGAAACUUAUAUUAAAUGCGGAAGUAAUGGAACUAAAAAAUCUAAAAAAACAUCAAGAAAAACAAAUUUUUUUAAGAGAAGAGAUGUCACGGUAUACUGGUAA